CUUCCCAGUCGUUCUCCGCAUUGUUCAGUCCUCCAUAGAUCUCCCAAUUUCCCUUGCCAAUCAGACGCUCUUAUUCUCUACACCUCAAUCAUUUCAAUCCUUCUCCAAUUCAGUCAGAGCUAUCCAUUGCACUUGCGCCAUGGGUUGGUUCUGGGGUGGCUCCAACCAAGACGACCCCGUCAAAAAGCUUGACCCCAACUUGCGAGAAUACCUCGAGCAUGAAGCUCCCAAGAAAUAUGUCCCAACGACUCCAGUCUCCUCAUCGCAGGGUCCCUCCAAGACGGUAGAUUCGCAGGCCCAACCCUCACAGCCCAAAACAUCUGGCGACGCUGAACCUUCCCAACCGGCCGUUCCCUCCGCUUCUCUAUUCCCCGAUGGCCGUUACGCGCACCUUUGGAAGCACUACAAGCCGCCCAAAGAAAAGGAAGCAUCGGAACAAAAAACCGCAGAGCGAGUGAUUGAGAAGUACAAACAGCGUGGUGAUACCGUGCACCGCGCUGCGAUGGAAAAUUGCGCUCUGGAGCAUGAGGAUUUGACAUACUGCUUCCAGACCGGCACCUGGCAGAAACGAUUGCAGGCCCGUGUGACGCUGUGCUCUGAGGAAAACACUAAAUUCUCUCGCUGUUUUACCACCCAGGCUAAAUUCCUCCAGGCCUUAGGAUACGCCUCAUCCUUCGAAUGGGACGGCGAAAAGGAAGAACGGAUUCAGAUGCACGCUGACAAACUUUACCAUGAGAUGCUUGACUACGAACGACGAGUCGACGAGGCGCAGAAAGCCGGACAGGAACCCCCGCCGCUCACCUCUCUUUUCAACCCCCAGGCAGAGCCACAGCAAAAGCCGGCCAGUAAACCAGGGGACCUGGAGAUUCCUGGAGGUGAGAAGAUCCCGGCAGGGUUCAAACCAUCCAAACCGUUGGCGCAGCUUACUCCACACGAACGAGAACUGGAGAUCCGAGCACACUAUGCGCAGUUGGAGCAACAGAAAUUGUACGUGCAGGAGGCAUCGCCAUUCAUGAAGACCCAGGACGACGCACGGCAAAAGCGACGUGACAAGGCCGUCAGCUGGUUCGGGGAGACGAUUGGCCGCUGGGUUACAUAGAGCAUAUGCGCAGUGCUUCCGUCAUGGACUGGAUCUUCCCUUCUCUUGUGUAUGAUUACCCCAUUUGUCACCCUUUCCGUAGGAGUUUUGAUUUGAAAGCGAGUUCUGCGACAAUCGACGUCGUUACGCAUGGACAUGCAGGGCCACCGAUUUCAAUAUGCCUUUUUUC